UCACCGGGCAAACUCUUUGGUGCAGUCGUUGUCUGUCGAAGGCUUUGUUAAGUGCGGGUAAAGGAGCAAAGAAGACGAACGGGGGACGGCAAGCAGGGCAGUGGAAGGGAAGAGCAGCGGUCACACCAGAUUCCUUUGUAAACGGUGCAGAGGAGUGCGCGCUUGCCUGAAGACGUCCGUGAUCGAUUUCGCCGCAUCCGUAGGUGUAUCUUGAGCCUGGGUCUCGGAUGGCCGCUUUCGGAAAUCGUUGACGGCACAACGCACUGAUGAGGAGCACGCCACGAUAGAGCCGAGCGACAGACGACAGAGAUGCGCAUCCUCACCAUAUACAUGAGGCGUCUCGAGAGAUCCAUCCUCCUUCCACCCCACGGUCAUCUCCACCAUCUCGUCCCGACACUGAGGUUGGCAUCGGGAUUCCGCGCCACGGGCUUCGCGUGUGGGACUCUUCACUACGCCUCCAAACUACGGCCCGCCCGCUCCGCGACGAUCGUAUGUCUUGCAUCGAAACGGCCGCCGCUAGUGCGAGCGGCGCGGGUGAUGGACGUGGAGUCAGUCCGUCUAUCAUCUGAUAAGCGAUUCACUCAAGCAAUUGCCAAAGCUUGUCUCUGGCCACCGCUCCCAUGCGGACAGGCGAGGGAGCGAGCCAAUCGCCCGUCGCACAGACCCGGCGCUCCCACCGACAGCCGCAUUCCUCGCGGGCCCCGGCUUGCUGCCGCAUGCGGCGUUUCUACCGAGCCAGCCUUGCCCGCCGGAUGCGGAAAGGCGGGUAGAAUUGACGCAAGCAAGCGCGGCGUGACAAUCCUGCAUACAAAUCUCGGCGGCCAGCUGCAGUGAGCAUGAUCUGCAGGGGUGUAUGUGGUGGUGGUUUGGCGUCGAUAGAAGUGCAGCACAAACCUGGCUGGUGGUGUUGCCCCUUUCGAAACGGCAACAAACACCCACAACAUCUGUUCAUUUCGCCAAUCAGCGUUGAGACG